CCGGAUACUACUGAUGGCGGAGGGUGGUGAAGGAGACAGUGGUCUAAUAGUGGCUUCUGUGCCUGAAGGCCAGAGAAAAUUGAUGUGCAUCCAGUACCCAGGCUUUGUGGACAAUGUGGACAGAGCUAUCAAUAGUCUCGGUGGCAUGAAGAGUAUAGAAAAGGUGUACUAUGAGAAGACGCAUGUGUUGGAGGCGAGACUGAGACCAGAGGACAGGUUCUGCAAGCCAGUGGUGGGUAGAUCCCUGCCCGUUACCAACCUGGUACUGAGGGUGAGACGAAGACGAGGCAGGAGCAGUGGGGAGGGAGGGAAGGGAGGUGAAGUAGGGGGGUCAGGAGAAAGAUGCAGUGGACCAGACACUCAAGUGGAGGUUCUGGGCAUGGUCAGACUGACCUACCAAUUCAAAGGUAUGGCUGACUUCCAAGUGCUCCCCCCAGGGUUGAACCAGGUGCCAUACAAAGCUGAAGCAUUAGACCCUAGUAUCUUCCAGAUCAGUGAACCAUUUUACGAUGCAUUUGAGGACAGGGGCGUCCCCCUGUUUCUCCCUCCAUGGGCAUUCAGCAAGUUUGACAAGCCAUCCAACUAUGCGAGUCGUCCAGAUUUCCAACACAAGGUGACGGGGAACCAGGUCCCAGGCAGCAGUAGACAGAGGAGACAGGUCUUUGCCAUCGGUAUCACAUUCGACCACAAAGGACCUGUUCCGAGUAAGUCACAUCCAGAUCUGCCAGAGGUGCCAGCCUUACACCAAACAAAACUAGAGGCUGUCAAGAAGUUGUUUGAGGAGCGUCCGAUCUGGUCAAGAGGUUGGAUCCAGUACAGAACCAAGCUGCCAAAUGUUAUAGUGAGAAGUCUGCUGGCAUUGGUGAGCUACUACUUCACAAACGGUCCGUGGAAGAUGUUGUGGGUGAGACUGGGCUACGACCCUCGCUCCACCCCUGAUAGCAAACGAUACCAGUGCCUUGACUAUCGCCUCCCACGAGAGAUAGCCGCUGUCAGCACUCUCGAGGCCAGGAGAAGCAAACUCAGGAAAGGCUUGAGUAAGUAAAGUUCAUAUCGAGAAUUACACAUACAUAAGUGGUGAGUUUCAUAUACGUAUUUGUGACAUCAAGUGUUUGAACUCCGAGAUUAAAAGUUUAAGAGGUGUCACUGAAAACCUUAUUAUGACCAAGCGUAGACGUCUGACCAUUCAUUGAUAUAAGGGCUACAUUUAGAACUGCAAACUGCUUUCCUGCGCUGGGACCUAUUAGUACUUGUGUAUUGCCACAUUCUCUUUAAGGAUUAGCUAACCGCAAAAAAGUGCCUCGAAAUUUAGUGUAUGCGUGGUAAUCCUCUAGAACUCUCUGUGCAGUAUAUGCAGGGAGUAAGAAGCAAGAUGAGUUCCAGUUGAGUGGGGACAGUGUCCAGCUAGCUGAGGCCGUGGCUGAUUCCAAUGCCCCUGAGACAGAGGCGUGUCCAGUGUUCAUUGCACACCAGCUGCCCACCCAGAGACAGGUUUACUACCAGUUGUGUGACCUGCGAGAUGAGUCCCUGCAGACUCUCCUACAUGCCAACGAUGGAAGAGAAGAUGAAUGCUCUGAGGCCAAUGGGUGGUGUGAGGAGGGAGUGUAUGACCAGCUGAGGAAGAUGCUGGGAGAGAUGGUCAGAAGGACAGCUGAGAGAGUUGAAGAGGAGCGUCGACUGGCUCUGGAAACUGCUGCAGACAAUACCAGCCCAAGCUAGAGACUGACACCAUUCACUCAUAGUCACGUUUCCACCAUUUUCAAACAAAAUGAGCGAUCAAAUAGUUUUAUUCAUGAUGACAAAAUAUGGAGUAAAAGCUUGGGAGUGUUACGGAUGAUAAGAAAGUACACUUCUAUCCCUUCAAACUCGACAAUAUAUCAGGGGCCACUGAAGCAAUGUGUCUGGAUGUGAUGACAGUCUCCCUGUCUUCUUGGGCUUUAUUACUGGCGGCCUUUGCCAGCUUAUUGAGAGCCAGAACUAGACCCAGAAACACGGCAAUGUCCACGGACUUAGACAGGUUAACACUCCUCUUUCCCUUUAUGAUCUUUCUGAGAGUGGCUCGGGGGUACUUUCGUUUCAUGUUUCCCGCCGACGGUUAACGUUUGUUU